GUAAAAUUGUUUUAUUUUUUCAAUUUUUGAUUCUCAUCUUAAACAAAACUUAUUUUAAUCCUAGGUUCAGGAAUUUAAAAGGUUUCGAAAAAUUAAUAACGAAAAUAUUCAUUGAAUUUUACAAUCCGACUUUGGUAUUGUUGUAAGUGCCAUAUAACGAUGUACUAGAAUUUUUAAGCCACUUGAUUUUUCGUUGUACUGGAUUUUUUGAAGGACUUGAUUUUUCGAGAAACUUGACUUUUUGAGGAACAAGAUUUUCGAGCCAUUCUGCUCAUUGUGAUCCUACAAACUAAAGUGAAUCAUCCUAUACUUCCAAAUCGAUUCCGAAUACCUUGAUUUAUUUUUUAAAUUACAAAAUCAUCAUGAAUCAUCUUCCAGAAGAGCUUAUCAUCAACAUACUCUCAUUCAACGACCCAGCUGAUUUAGUUGCUCUGUCUUUAACUUGCAAGUUAUUUUCGAAAAUUGUCAAUAACAAUUGCGAUAGACUAGCAGCAACUUUCGAUCGUUAUACUCAAAAAUUGGACUGGAUUGGAAGCCGAAAGUACAAGAAAAUUCUAAUUUCAACUCAUGGAAUCGAAAAGUUUAAAGAAAUUGGAGGAAAAAUUGCAAUUACUGAAAUUGAUGAGGUGGGAACAUCAGCGGUGAAUUCUGGAACAUCAAACAGCUUCCCUGAAAAAUCAAAAAACAUUUUACAAACGUUUGGAGACCACGUGGAAACCUUAACCAUCGCAAAAUGUGAAAUAACGUUAGAAAAUUUGGAUAUAAUCCUUAAUUUGUGCAAAAAUUUAAAAAAUUUCAACAUUGAAGUGUCAAAAAUUAAAAAUUUCGAUGAAAAAAUCAAAAACUUACCAACCUUUAACCUCAAAAAGCUUUCAAUCAGCCAAGAUGAAGAAAAUGAGUUGCAAGCCCUCAAAUUAUUCACAAAAUGUGAGGUUAAGGAGCUGACUUUAUUUACAGACAUCGAAGUUAGGCAUGCUGAAGUUCAAGAAAUCAUAAAAUUCUUACAAUCAAGAAAUUCACUCGAAAUGUUAAAAAUUAAUUUUGAAAAAUUUGUAUUUCCGAUAAUUUUUGAAAAUGUUUAUUUUCCACUUAAAAACUUGACGAUUGCUAAAAGUGAACUUGAUGGCUCAGAAAAUGCUGAAAACUUUUUGUCAUUGUUUUGUGAUUCUUUGGAAUUUUUGGAAAUUGAUGAUUUUGGGGAUAAAAUUGCUAGAAUUUUGAAAAACUUCCUAAAGUUAACCAAAUUGAGCCUCAAUUUGGAUAGAAAAAGGGCGGCACUUGACUUUUCUGUCAUUCCAGAUUACGAUUAUUUAUAUUAUCGACAAUUAAUAGACAUUACUCCUUUGCCUGUCAAAUAUAUCAACGCUCUACCUCAAGUUGAAUUCCUGACAACCACAAAUAUUUGUAACAACAUCGUUCCAUACUUUCCUAACCUCAAAAAACUCAUCAUCCACAAAAAUGUUUGUUUUGUUAAUUUGGAACCCUUUACUCAAUUGGAAUUCCUGGACAUCAACAUUUGUCAAUGCUGCAAACAAUUCAAAAUACCAAAAUGCUUGAAAUAUUUAAAAAUUACGACAGAAAAUUUCAGUCGAGAUUUGCCGCCAUUUUGUUUUGAUGAAACCUCACUUGAGGAGUUGACUUUGGAGGGAUUUGGUAAAUUGAAUUGGAUUAAGGAAUUGCUCAAUGAUGAAAAACUUAAUUUAAAAUUGUUGAGGAUUAAAGGAUCACAAAUUGAUGAAGAAUGCAGAAUUAUCCUAAAUACAUUGCCGGUAACGUUGGUAGAAUUGCAAUCAAGCAUGAUGGAAAAAACUAUAUUUUGAAACAAACCCACCAUUUUUGGCUUGGGCGUGGCUAUAUUGAAUAAAGUUUCAAAUCUGGAAAAUUUGUACAGAUAAAAUAAAACUUGACUU